UUUUGUUUUUGUUUGAACCUCAAUCACAGCUGAUAACAAGUUGACUUACUUCUACUUCAUACUUUUCACAUCUCUAGUGCGUAGUUGCGUACCUACUUGUGAUGGGUAUUGCUUGCAUUGUAGUGGUGGGUCGUUAACGAUUUUUGGGUUAACGCAACGAAGCCGUUAAUUUUAUCCUGUUAACCUGUUAAAAAAGCCGUUAACGUUAUUAACAGGUUCUCAUUAAUGUAGCAGAUUUGUACCAACGCAGCAGUUAAUGGACGAAACUUUGUUCAAAUUGAAAAAGGAGUUGAUGUUACGUCGCGUACUGCUAAAACUAUAACAACGUUUUCGUGUUUUUAAGUUAGCUUGUUUAAGUGACGAGUAAAUUUUAAAUAAUGAUUUAAGUCGUCAUUUAAAUGAAAUAAACUUCCCUUCAUACUUUUUCCAGGCUUAGGACUGGCUGGCGUAGUGGCGAAAAAAGAUAUAACAUUAAACCUGUUCCUUCCGGCGGCGCGGCAGCGCGGCGCCGGCGGCGCGAGCCGGAGCAAGCGAACUUAGAAACAUAAAUCUCUCUCACUCUCGCUCGUACAAUUUUAAGCUAGCGCCGUCUCGCUCGCUCGCAUAGGUAUUAGUCGCACUCGCGUUCACUCGGCUAGGCUAGCUGGUUUUGCUUUUGCAGCUUCAAAAUAAUAAUAUAAAAAUAAUAUUUUUUCCAAAAUAGUUGAAUGAAUUAGUUAAUAGAUUUAACGGGUUUUGCGGUAAAUAAAAAGCAGUUAAUUCGUAAACAUUAGAUUAACAGUUUAAAAAAGCCGUUCGUUGAAUUAACGCCCACCCCUAUUGCAUUGUACAAGCUGCCCGACAAAAUAUUGCAUUAUUUUUUAUUAUUACCUUACAUCACAUAAUUUAAAUAAGUAAUACACAGUUUUAAUUUCGUUAGGAUAUAAACAAGUAGUUAGGCUAUAAUUUGUAUAAAAAAAUGAUUGUAAUCGUGUAGUAUUGUUUUCGUGGACAGCUGAUGAUUGGGUGAAGUGAAGUGUUUGAAAAAGUCAGGAAAUCAGGGUCAGCAGAGCGAGCGGGCUAUGACUUAGGCCAUGCAAUAAAAAUGGAAGUUGUUAACAUAGGCGAAGGUCGGUACGAACAAAGCGAAAAUGUACCGGGAAGCAGUGCUGACAGUGACGCCUCCAGUAGCAUGUUCGAGAGCAACGACAGCGAUCAUUACUCAGAAGACUUAGACAAAAUAUCUGAAGAUGGUGACUUAAAAGAAGACUUACAAAAGACAAUACCAGAAUGUUACAAAUCAGACUCAAACUUUUCAUCACAUACAACAAGCAUCACAAACGAUGAGGAGUUUCAAGCGACGGCGUUGUGCCAGUUUAUGGAUAUAUUAAAUGAUUUAGACGAAGUUUUAGAUAAGUCUUUACUAGCAUGCCUUGAUGAUGGCACGAAGAAUUUCGAUAGCGACGAAGAGGAUCUCAUUUGUAAGCUUAAGGAAUGCAUUGGUGAUGUUCACAAUGAAUCAGAAAACUCAGAGGCUCAAAGUUCGUUUGACGACAAUACACAAGUCAUCACAUGUUCCAAUGCUGUACCAUCGGCACCACCGGCACCACCGGCAGAAGAAAUCGACAUCACACCAAGUUUCUCAGAACGGGCAAAUCUCACAAGCCUUGGACGGUCAAAAAGUUUUUCCGAAUUAACCGAAAAUGAUCGGCAGGCUUUAGUUUCAUCAUUAGAACGAGCAAGCACGAUAAAUGACAAUUUACGCAACUCGAUGAGGAGAUUAGACCCUAUUGUUUUGCCUGCGAUAACGGCAGAGUCGUCUUGUGAGCCUCUAACGCUGCCAGUGAUACUUUUUUUAGAGCAUAAUAUUAAUAUGCGGCCAACUAGCGCCCCCAUACAGUUACAAGUGACGGCGGCGAAUCUCAGUAGUGAUGGGGCUUCGGGACCUCUUAUUGUAGGGCGGCGAGCUUUACUUAUGAAUCGCACGCUCUCGUUACCGUCACCGGGAGAGAGUGACAUCACCGCAGGGGACUGGACAGGGCGGAAUACGGCCAGGAGUAUUGCGAGAAGUACUAGUACAUCGAGUUCAUCAACUGAAUCGUUAAAUGUUGCUCCAGUCACCCAAAAUACAACGAAUGCUACAGAGGAGAGAAACGAAGAGACUGAAGAACCUCCGUUUGGAGUGUGGCCACACCGUAUGAGUGCCAUGUUGGCGUGCCUCAGCUGCACCGUGGGAAUAUUUAAUAUAUCUAGAUUUGCCAUAUUCAGUGUUCAUUUUGGAGCGAGCUUCAUAAUACAGUUUUUUAUGUUGUCUCUUAUAAUUGGAAUUCCGCUAUUCACGUUACAUUUGUGUUUGGGCCAAGUGUUGGAGUCUGGGCCAGUGGAUAUGUGGCGUAUAUCGCCAAUAUUCCAAGGUGUUGGCGUGUCUUUACUCAUCAUACAAGCCGUGAUCGGCAUGUACAGUAUAAUUGGCCUGUCCUGGAUAUUUGUUUUCUUUCGCGACUCUUUUAUAACAUCUAAUGACAGAUACAAAUGGGCACUACCACAUGAAUUGAAUUUUGAAGAUGGUGUUGCAAAAAAUGGUACUUAUAAAAUACAAGAGACUUUACCUCAAUACUUUCAUGGAGAGGUUUUACAGAGAAAUUUGGGGUCCAAUACUAGUUCAUAUUUCGGCACAAUAAAGUUUCAAGUAGCGUUCAAUUUAGCUGUAGUGUGGAUGAUAGUGUUCGUGGCUUUGAGCAAAGGAUUGAGGUCUUACGGCAAGGCUGUAUACAUGUUGAUAUUUUUACCGAUUUGCGGAACAUUGGUGCUCUGUACGAAAUUACUUACACUAAUACCAUACGACACUGUCAUUAACAUAUUCUCAGAGACUGAAUGGAGCGAAUUCUUUAUAAAUAGUAAUAGCUGGGCAGCGGCUGCCCAAGAAACAUUCCUAACUUGGGGUCUCCUUGGCGCCUGUAUUAUGCAGCUGACAUCUCACAAGAACGCUAAGAACAAGACCAAUAUAAUGCUACAGAAGGAAAGUGCUUGUAUUGUCGCAUUCACAUUCGCUGUUCUCUUACUGGGCUCGUUUUUGGCUAAUACUUGCGUUCAAAUAUUGAAGAAUUAUGGAUAUGCUUACAUACCAGGGAGUUUUGAAACAUUAAAGUCUACGCAAUUUCUAUGGCCACUAUCUGAGCCGAUGCCUGGCAAUGUGGUGUCAACGCCAGUACGAUACAUGGGCCACUAUGGCAGCUUAGUCGGAGUCACAGUCUGGAGGACUGGCACAGCUGCGCGAGCGCUCAGCGGUUGGCAACCACUGCAGUUGGCAACUCAGGUCGUGCCAGCCACACUGGCAGUCUUGCCUGCUAAUUUGCUAUCACCAGCAUGGGCAGUAAUAUUCUAUUUCAUCUUGAUAAUGUUCGGUAUCGCGCAACAGCUCGCUAUAUGGCACUGCGUCAUAACUGGCAUCAUGGCUAUCAAUGCAGAGGCGCUUAAAGUUUGGGAGACCACUAUCACGUUCCUGAGUUGCGUGUUUGGACUUGCCAUGGGACUGCUGCUUAGUACCGAUGCUGGCAUCCGUAUCGUCCACUUCAUAGACUACGUAUGGGUAGGCUCGUGGUGGCAGAUCGUGAUACAGGUGUCGCUCGCUUGCGGCGUGUUCGUGGUACGGGGGCGGCCUUACUCCCCAGACAUUGUCGUCGCUGCCUUAUAUUCGUCGAGGACCAGACUUUCGGCUACUUUAGCUGCGUUGCUAAGCUUCACUUGGACUGUGGUUUUGCCUGUUUUGUUAUGUGCAAUAUGUGUGAUGGACUUUCGAGUGGGUCAACAAAAACAGAUGUACAGUUGGAGAAAACCUGUCGGUUAUUGGCCGAUCUGGACUCGUCAAGUGGCGGUAUUUAUGCAACAAGGACCAUUGCUGUUAGUGCCUAUAGCUGCGUUUAUACAAACGUGGCGCUACAUGAAUAAAGGACCCCCUGAUAUACUCGAUCGCAUCCAGAACCUGUACCGUCCGCGCCCGCCGCGCCGCCCGACCCGCCGCCCAAGUACACGCCGCCGCCCUCCUACUCCACCGCCACCGGCGCCAGGCUGCUCAACACUAUACGCCGGAGCUUCAGGACUCUUAGGAGAAUGACAACAUCACGCGCGGAACAGUCACCAGCUGAAGACACGACACAACUACCAAUCACAGUGAGCGAAACAGUAGACAGAGAUGU